GAUGCUUUAUCAGCUCUUCCAUCUGAAUUUCUGAUCAUCAACCCGGAGAUUGAUGCCCAAGUUAGCAAACGUAAAUCAGAUGAAUCGCCGUAUGCGCAUACAACGCCUUUGACAAUCGAACUAAAGGCACCUACGUCUCCCGCCACGCUUUUAAGCGAGGAUUCGCUUACUUACCUCAACCAGGAUCAGCCCUACGCCAUUGAAAUCAGUGACGCUUACGGCGAGGAAAAAAUUCUCAUUAGGAGUGUGGUUAGAAUCUGCUUCCAUCAGGAACGAAUGCAAAUUAUGGAGGCUCAGCACCUAGCAUUCUGGCAGGCGCACCACCAGGGAGAAAGGUUGCUUGAUCUUGAUUUGGAGGGUUGUUUUAACUGUCAGAAGGCGUACCCCGACCCAGACAAUUUGAAUGCUAUCGUAUGCAUUUGGCAUUCAUCCACACCGUGCAGUAUAUCCGUGAAGGCACACUGUGUUAGUACUGAAUUCACAGCCAAAAAACAUGGGGGAGAAAAAGGUGUACCCUUUCGGAUUCAGGUAAGACACCUUUGCAUUAUUUUCAAGUAUAAAGAACGUCAGUCUAAAAGACUAGUUGAUUCAUUUCGUGAAUAUGGCGCCUCGCAUAUUUACUCGGCCGCUUGCCAGGUCAAAGUAUUCAAACCCAAGGGCGCCGACCGCAAGAACAGGACAGACCGCGAGAAGAUCUAUAAACGCAGUAGUAGUGAUAAGCACUUGCCUUUUGCAAUCAACGGAACCAGGGCGUUUUGCAAGCUUUAUAAUAAGACCCUGCAAUUGUCAAUUUUGUUCAUGCUUAAGCAACUGUAUCGUUCGCCUACACCGACUACCUUUCUGGAAGAAGUCAGCUAUUGUCCGAUGAGUCGACUGGCCAUCAAAGAUUCUGUUCCCUCCACCACAACCAAAUGCUCAGUUUUGGCUGCUCUAGACGACUUUUUAUCCUCAGGCAGCCAGCAGCACCAAACACCGCUGCAGCAACGAAAACCAACUGCACUUUCAACCGCUACCACGACCACCCGUUUAGCACCUUCCCUGCUGCAGUGCAAGCGGUCGGCUCAGGAUGACGAGAGCCUCGACGAGGGACUGAGGGAAAUAAGCCUUGUUGGUGGGAAUGGCGUCAGACAGGCGACAGCUUCUGUUCCGCUGCACCCUCCUCCGGUGAAAAACGGGCGUCUUUUUGGAGAACCCACGGCCUCCGAAAACAGGCAUGCCCUUGAUUUUGCUUAUUUGACGUCUUUGUUUUUUAGAAAUGACCCACCGGCAUCAGAGGUUAACGUGGACGCAUUACCGCUUUCACAGUGUGAAAUCAGCGAGCCCUCGGUCUCUGCGCCGUCUCGGCACUUCGCCCCGCCUCUCUUCUGCAAUCCUCCCAAUGCUGUCGCCGAUGUUGCCACACCACAAGACACCUUCAAGCAGCCCCUCACACUCUCAGUAUCGUCUCACAAGCGCAGUACAACUCCUGGUGAUGCGCCGUGUCCUGGUGCUUGCUCUUGCUGUGGCAGGGCCUGUUUUUCAUACGCCUCAAUCGAACGAAGUUCGGACGUGUCGCUUGAGUGGAGCGUCAAGCGGCAACGCAGGCGGCGUCACACAAAGAUGGGAGUGCGGCAUAUGGUUCGUUCUUUUAUAUUUUGA